CACGCACUCAUUAGCCCACUGUGUUCCCUUUGCUAUGAGUUGCUUUUCAUAUCCUUUGCUUACCUUUCUAUGAGGUUGUUCAUUUCUCUUACCAAUUUGUAGAACUUCUUAUAUAUAUCAUGGACAUGAGUCCUGGGUGUGUUACAUACAUUGUAUAUAAUUUGGGCUGAUACCGUCAUCUUCAUGGCACAUCUGGGAAGAUGUGGGCUGGGGUGGCAGCCCUGGUUUUAGGAUGGACAGUUCAGCGACAAGGCAGAGAGAAACUGGUGGGUGAUGGAAAGAGAAAGUCUGCCUUCAGCCACCUCUGAGGGUGAGGGCAGUGAUGCCCUGAGGAAAAAGCACAUGAUUUGGAGACAAAAGGACCCUUACCAGCUCUGCAAUUUUGGACAAAUUCACCUCUCCGAGGACAAAAGAAGGGAAGUAAUGACCUUUACGUUCUAUAGGAUUGUGGUGUGGAAUAAAUUAGUAAAUUCAUGUAAAGACCUGCCUCACGGCCUGGCACUUAAUCAAUGUUCGAGCAGUGAAUAUAGUGUGAAUCCAAUAAAAUAAUACACACAGAUGCCUUUGGACCAUUUUAAAGGGCCAUGAACACAUAAGCAGAUGUUACUUUAACAUAUUAUUAUCCAUUUCUCACAACGUACUGGACAGCUGUGAAAUAUUUGGGAACUCUCUUCAUUCGGAGUUUAGACACUGAAAUACUCUCGGAGAAUGUCACGUCACCUCCCACUUUCACUGAUUGGCAGAUGGGGUCACUGGGGCUGGAAGUGAGGAGGAGACUUAAGUCAGGAGUCGGGAGAGCGGGGGGGGGGGGAUAACCUUCCUGAGCAACGCAAAGGGGAAGGGCAGGCAUGUCCUUUCCUAUGGCUGGAACAAGGGCCCUUUUGAUGCUGGAAAAUUUCAUAGAUGGGAAAUUUUUACCUUGUAGCUCAUACCUAGAUUCCUACGAUCCCGCUACAGGGGAAGUGUACUGCCGAGUGCCGAACAGUGGAAAAGAAGAGAUCGAAGCCGCGGUGGAGGCCGCCAGAGCAGCUUUUCCGGGCUGGUCCUCCCGGAGCCCCCAGGAGCGCUCGCAGGUGCUGCAGCGGCUGGCGGAUUUGCUGGAACAGUCCCUGGAGGAGCUGGCCCAGGCUGAAUCCAGGGACCAAGGGAAAACCCUAACCCUGGCGAGAACCAUGGACAUUCCCCGGUCUGUACAGAACUUCCGGUUCUUCGCUUCCUCCAUCCUGCACCACACGUCCGAGUGCACACAGAUGGACCACCUGGGCUGUCUCCACUACACGGUUCGGACCCCCGUGGGCAUCGCUGGUCUGAUCAGUCCCUGGAAUCUGCCCCUCUACUUGCUGACCUGGAAGCUGGCUCCAGCGAUCGCUGCUGGCAACACUGUGAUAGCCAAGCCCAGCGAGCUGACUUCUGUGACUGCGUGGAUGAUGUGCAAACUCCUGGAGAAAGCAGGUGUUCCACCAGGUGUUGUAAAUAUUGUGUUUGGAAUGGGAUCCAGGGUAGGCGAGGCGCUGGUGUCCCACCCAGAGGUGCCCCUCAUCUCCUUCACUGGGAGCCAGCCCACGGCCGAGCGGAUCACACAGCUGAGUGCUCCCCACUGCAAGAAGCUCUCGCUGGAGCUGGGGGGCAAGAACCCUGCCAUCAUCUUUGAAGAUGCCAACCUGGAGGAGUGUGUUCCGACCACAGUCAGGUCCAGCUUUGCCAACCAGGGUGAAAUUUGCCUCUGCACCAGCAGGAUCUUUGUCCAGAAGAGCAUCUAUAGUGAAUUUUUAAAGAGGUUUGUAGAAGCUACCAGAAUGUGGAAAGUUGGCAUUCCCUCUGACCCAUCAGCCGACAUGGGAGCUCUGAUCAGUAAAGCUCAUUUGGAGAAAGUCAGAAGUUACAUCAAGAAAGCUCGCAUGGAAGGGGCCCAAAUUCUGUGCGGAGAGGGAGUGGAUAAGUUAAACCUCCCCCUCAGGAAUCGAGCAGGGUACUUCAUGCUUCCCACGGUGAUAACAGACAUUAAGGACGAGUCCUGCUGCAUGAAGGAAGAGAUAUUUGGUCCGGUGACGUGUGUCAUCCCCUUUGAUAGUGAAGAGGAAGUGAUUCAAAGAGCCAACAGUGUUAAAUAUGGACUGGCCGCCACGGUGUGGUCAGGCAACGUGGGGCGUGUCCACCGGGUGGCCAAGAAGUUACAGUCAGGCUUGGUCUGGACCAACUGCUGGCUCAUCAGAGAGCUGAACCUGCCUUUCGGGGGGAUGAAGAGUUCUGGUGUGGGUAGAGAAGGAGCCAAGGACUCUUAUGAAUUCUUCACUGAAAUCAAAACCAUCACCAUUAAACACUGACCUUGGCCAUUGGAGAAGCUGUUACAGUUGACGCCUGGCUGCAGAGAGAAUCAGUCAUCCAGUGUGGUGAACGGAAUUCCUGGCAUAAAUUUCAGCCACGUCUUGACUCAGCAGAAGGUUAUCUCUAUAGCUUAUCCUCUGUACUUAGUAUUUUUACCCUCUGGUGAAGAGAUGCUAUCUCUUUUCAGUGAAGAGUUGAAGAAUAGGAAGGCACAAAAAGGAAGCCAGGCAAUGAUCAGGCUCCUCGUAACUUGUGUCUUCAUAGUAUUUUUUCAUCAUUUUGAUAAAAUUCUUGGAAAUUCACAGACAACCAGAUUUAUUUUUUUCAUUUGCAAGUAUACGGUAAAAAUAAAAAAAAUAAUCUACAAAGCCAAGAGAAAUCACCGUAAUUUCUACCUUUGGGGAGAUUGUAGAGGUUGUCUCCCCAUCCAUCAGACACGGGCAUGGCUCACUGGUAAUUGACUGUACCUCAUUAUGCAAGGGGGCCGUGAACGUUGAUGAUGUACUUUACGUGGGGUUUGUCAGAGCAGGCAUAUGUGGUAGGUCUCGCUAAAUAUAUCUGUAUAAGGACAAAGAAGAAUAAAAUAACUACUACUUUUGGAGGAAACUUAGAACAAGGAGAGUUUGAUCCAUUCCUACUAUGGAGACUAAUCAAUUCCAAUUCUUAGCGUAUGUAUCUCAGGAGACUUAAAAUUUACUAAUCCUAAAGGGAGCAAUAAAUGUUAAGCAAUUUUAGUAAGCAGUAUGGCAUACACCUUGUUUAUGAAUUGUCUUUUAUUCAUCCUUAGCCUCAUCCUCUUAGGAGCAUGGACCUUUUACUAAGUAACAGUGGUAUAUCUAGCACUUGUUUCCUGAAUCCCCCAAUAGUCAGAGGAGAAAUCUGAGGUUUACAGAGAUUGAGUAGCAUGUUCAAGGUCACACAAAUGGUGUGGGGCAGAGGAAGGAUUUGAACCCGGGGCUCUCAGACUCCAUACCCUAGGAUCUCUGGCCAUUUCGCGCUUACCUUGGGUUGUGCUUCAGAAGCAGCGAAGUCCUUAUGGUUCAUGGAACACAUCGUGUUGGGUGUCCCCUCUGUGUCUCCCUCCUGCUUUGCCUCUCCUCCCCCCUACCCCUUUUCUCCUACCUCACUCCACUCAGUCAUGCAACCCAAUCCAUGAAGCCAGGAAUUCCUCCAGUACAGCCCUUUCCAUGCUGACUGAAACGAUCUGUUUGCAUGUCUCAUUUCCUGAUGGGACAGGAGUUGCUGAAGGUCAACGCAGGUGUUAUUCCCCUUUGAAGACUCGGUUCACAGCCCAGUGCCUUGCACACAGAAGAUGCUCAAAAUGAGUUAUGGGAUGGAAUGAGGUCUUCCUGGGGCACUGGGGUAUUUGUUGCGUGGCGAUUGGGGGUUUGGGUCAGGGGGUGCAGAAUAAUCUUUAUACUUCUGUGUAGAACUUGGCAUAUGUUGGCUUGUUUACAAAUGCUGAAAAAUAUAAGUCCCUCUGAGGUCAAGUGAUGGGUGUCGGAUCGUACCUGGUUCUUAGCUUCUGCCUCCUCUCCCCUCUCCUUUCCUUGCUUUCCCUCUUCCCCGGCUGAGGUUCCUUGACCUUGAUCAGAUAAGUCUAGGACAAGUUCUGAGUGUCAGCAGGAAGAAAUUCAGUAGCUCCAGUGUCUAAGAAUUUGCAUCUUCACUCUUGUAGUUGGUCUGAUCCAAGCUCAUCCUUAUUUCUAAGACCUAAGCCCUAUUUUGAUUCCAAAUUCUGGCAACUGAACCUCUUAGCUCCCAGUGCCUGAAUACCCAUCUCCCACCACACUGGUUUUCUGUCCAGGAGACUGUUCUCUCUAGGAUUUGGAGUCAGCCCUGCUCUUGUCACUUCUUUCCUGGGCUCUGGAUCCCACCUUGUGGAGGGGCCUGCUUCCUACUGACACAUUCUGGAUGCCAUUUCCCUGUAUCUGUGUCUCUUUGGGUCUCUAGAAGCUCCUGUGGGCUCACGUGUCAGUUUCAUGGAUGCAGAUUUGACCAAAUGCUGUUCUCCCUCAACUCACCACUGCCUUAGUUCUCAGUUCAAACCAUUGGCUACAGUGUCUUAGCGCCCCAGUUAGAUUUUUCCUCAUCUGUUCUAUCCCAACCAAGUGGGUGAGUUUAGUCCUAAGACCUUACCCGUCCCUGGCCAUCUCAUACUGUCUCAGGCCCCACAUCAGCUAAGGGUGCCAUUUGGGUCUGUGCCUACCCCACUACAGAGUCCCACCACAGUGGUACCUCUGUGGCCGUGGGGCUGUGCUCAGAACUGAAGUAAAGAGAAUCAGGAGAGAUGGUCACAAGGGUUUCAACUAUAUUUGUAACAUUUUAUUUCUAAGCUGGAUAAUGGGCACUUGGGCAUUUACUAUACUAUUUCCUAAGUAGGAAAUACUUAUAUAGCAAAGGGAGAGUGGCUGAUGUGGAAGACAACCUGGAGCAUGCCCAGGAGAGUGCUGAGCAGAGGCGGAGCCACGCCAGCCUCCGAGGGCCUGGGCCCAGGCAGCAGGGAUGGAGAGCAGGAGCUGAAGGGCAGCAACAAGGACCCUGCGGAGCAGCACUUCUCAGAUUUUGAUGUGCUUCUGGUUCACCGAGGACUCUUGUUAAAAUGCAGACUCAGAUUCAGCAGGUCUGGGGUGGGACCUGAUUACACUUUCAGCAUGGAAGGACUUAGAAGACACCUUGUGAAACACGGGUGCAGGUGUCUCCCCACUCCCCAGGUCCCUGGAGCAGCUGGCUGCAGCAUCUGCCCCUCCUAGAGACAAAGGAAGUGCUCAAAAACCAGGGUAGAAGAGCUUCCUGGGGAGGCCUCCUGUAUGGCUGUUGGCACAAAGCGGGAGAUAACUCAGGCCCUUCGCAUGCAACUCAGAGGAGGUGGAAGGAAAGGCAACUCCACCUAAGGGUGAGAUCCACCGAAGAGUGUCACCAUCUGUGAUAAAGUCCGCCUCACUUCGAAGGUUAUGAGGAUACAAGCUGAACUGUCCGAAUACCCUAGAAAGAAGCCUGUCUCUGACCCUCUCACACAUGGAACUGUACAGUUAGUCCCCCACUCAGUGAUGGGUCUUAUGGGUAAACUGCUUUUCCAAACUGCAAAGAAUAACUUUGCCAACUACCUAUAAUAACCAACCAACAUACUUUCUUAUUAAAAAAAUAUUACUGACCAAUCAAGGAUCAUCAAAUAUUUGGUAAAAGAGAAAUGUCAAGAUGUGUGAAAGAGUGACUGACCACAGGAGAAACAGAUAAAAGAAAGAAGACAAGAAAAAGUGAACUAGCAUCUUCAGAGUGGUUUGAGGCAAUAGUGGGUUCCCACAAAAGAAGAGGCUACUAUGAAAAAGGAGCAGGCAGGGCUUCCCUGGUGGCGCAGUGGUUGAGAGUCUGCCUGCUGAUGCAGGGGACACGGGUUCGUGCCCCGGUCCGGGAGGAUCCUGCAUGCCACAGAGCGGCUGGGCCCGUGAGCCAUGGCCGCUGAGCCUGUGCGUCCGGAGCCUGUGCUCCGCAAUGGGAGAGGCCACAACAG